AUGGUGCAGAAGUCCCGCAACGGCGGGGUCUUCCCCGGGGCGCAGGCCGACCAGAAGAAGCUGAAGGUGGGCUUCGUGGGCCUGGAGGCCGGGGGCAGCGAGUCCAGCCGGGACGGCGCGCUGCUCAUCGCAGGGAAGAAGCCCCCCAAACGGAACGCCGUCUACAGGCGGCUGCAGAACUUCCUGUACAACGUCCUGGAGAGACCUCGAGGAUGGGCCUUCAUCUACCACGCCUACGUGUUCCUGCUGGUGUUCUCCUGCCUGGUUCUGUCCGAGGUGGUGACCAUCGUGGUGUUCGGGGUGGAGUACAUGGUGAGGAUCUGGGCCGCGGGGUGCUGCUGCCGCUACCGCGGGUGGAGGGGAAGACUCAAGUUCGCCAGGAAGCCAUUUUGUGUCAUCGACAUCAUGGUCCUGAUCGCCUCCAUCUCGGUGCUGGCGGCGGGGACCCAGGGGAACGUGUUCGCCACGUCGGCCAUCAGAUCGCUGCGUUUCCUCGUUUAUUUGGCCGAGAAAGAAGACAACGAACAGUUUGAGACCUACGCUGACGCCCUCUGGUGGGGACUGAUCACCUUGACAACGAUUGGCUACGGAGACAAGUUCCCGGUCACCUGGAACGGCCGGAAGAAGCCCCCCAAACGAAACGCCGUCUACAGACGGCUGCAGAACUUCCUGUACAACGUCCUGGAGAGACCUCGAGGAUGGGCCUUCAUCUACCACGCCUACGUGAUCUGCAGGAACCGCAGCGAUCUGAUGGCCGACGUGGCGAACACGUUCCCCUGGGUCCCCGCCGCCAGCACCGAGAUGGAGGCGAUCAGGACCAUGAUCUGGAAGGAACCAGCAGCUCCCAACCUAAAGAACCUUCAGCAGCCUCAGCAGCAAAGAACUGCACCCAAAAACUUUUAG